UACUCUGCAGAACGAAAAACCGCCUCUAUUCUUCUCUCUCUCUCUCUCUCUCUCUCUCUCUCUCUCUCUCUCUCUCUCCUCUCAACUUCGUAACUCAAUUCCGAAAUUCUUCAAUUUUGAUUCCGAUUUUCGUUCGAAAACAUGUUAAUCGGAGAAGAGGAAGUUGAAUUUGAAGAAACUGUUGUUGAUGAUGUUGAAGAAGUUGAAGAAGAUGACGGAGAAGAUGAUGAAGAUGAAGAUGAGGAGGAAGAGGAUGAUGAUGAUGUGCAGGAGGUUGUUCCGGAAUCAGGCGGUGCUUCACACGCGCUUCCGGUAGAUGACGGUGAGGAUGAUGAUGAAGAAGAAGAUGAGGAUGAUGACGGUGACGGUGACGGUGAAGAUGACGGUGAUGAUAGCGAUGAUGAUGACGACGAUGAGGAGGAAGAAGACGGUGAAGAUGAUGAGGAGGACCCACCGACAGAGUACUUGGUUCGACCUGUGGCUAACCCUGAAGACGAGGAGGAAACUAGUGAUUUUGAGCCAGAGGAGAACGGUGCUGAUGAGUCCGAAGAAGAAGAGGAUGAAGAAGACGAUGGUAAGGUUGAAGCCCCACCGAAGAGAAAACGAUCCAAGAAAGAUGACGAUGAUGAUGACGACGACGGUGACGACGAUGAUGAUGAUGAUCAGAGACCGUCUAAGAGAUAGUGGCUCCCAUUUCCCGGGCUGUCUCACUCAAGCAUUUUAUAUGCUAUCUACAACUCAGUUACUAUUAGGUCUUAAAAUAAGGUAUUAAGAAUCUAGUUUUGUAUAAGAUUGAACAUUUAGAACUUUUGAUUUGUAAUCUUGGUAUCUAGGUUGAUGUUCUUUACUCUUUGAUCUGUACUCUUGGAUAUUUUUGGUUACUUCUGUUAACCUAUAACUAUCGAAUGUCAAAAUGGUUGUUCAUACUU